AUGGAUAAACUUUUACAAUGGUCGAUUGCACAACAAUCGGGAGAUCAGGAAGCUAUAGAGAAAAUAGGGAAGCCAGAUCCUAAAAUGUUGGAGCAAUUGUUCGGAGGCCCAGAUGAGCCAGCGUUGAUGAAGCAAGCUAUAAUGGUGAUAGACAACGAGGAAGCGACUUUGGAAAACAGGGAGAUUGCGUUCGAUAAUUUUGAAAUGUUGAUCGAAAACAUGGAUAAUGCGAAUAAUAUUGAGAAUAUAAAGUUGUGGCAGUCUGUGAUCGAUAAGAUGUCAGCGGAGACACCUACUUCGUUGAGGGUAUAUGCGGCAUCGUGUGCUGGGAUAGCGGUUCAAAACAACCCUAAGUCGCAAGAGGAUUUCUUGAAGUACGAUGGAUUAGCCCUGUUGAUCAGUAUUUGCAAUGAGGAAGAUGUUCCAACUGAGCUUCGUUUGAAGGCAUUGUUUGCCAUUUCGUCGUUGAUCAGAAACUUUGAAGUUGGAUACGCCAAGUUUGACGAGUUAGACGGGUGGAGUGUCGUUAAGUUUAACGAAAACGAAGACCAUAAGGUAAAAUUAAGAAUCUUAUCAUUGGUGUCUGCGAUUUUAUCCACACCUCUUGAUAAAAAGAAGGAAGAACAUGUCCACAGGGAAAAGUUGGUUGCAAACAUAAUAUCGAUCUUGAAAAAGGAUGGUCAUAUUGGAUGCAUUGAUAAGGCUUUGAAUAUAAUUUCACAGUUGGCGUCCUCGGAAUUUGAAUUUUCAUCUAGUGAAAUUGGUGAUAUAGCACAAGGAUUGGAAGAGAUUGAAAAAUUAAAGGAUAGCAUUUCAGAAGAUGAUUAUAAUUCAGUAAAGCAAGUAGUUAAUUAA